AUGAGAAGGAUGGACUUGGAAGAGAAGCGUCGAAAUGAGGCUGAAGAGAAGGCAGCGGAGACCGCACGUUUGGUUGCGGAGGCUGCAGCUAGAGCCAAGACGGAAGACCCUUUUGCAGCUGCACCGAGCACACCUUCUGUGCCUGUUGCAGGAGCUACCUCGUCUUCGAGUUCUGUUCGGAGCCCACUGGUGCAGAAUAGGGCAGAGAAGUACCUUCCAUCUCUGCCGAUGCUAGAGCACCAAGGCAUGAACAAGGGCAGGAUGAGAGAAGUCGAGACAUGGCAUGCCUACUUGGAGACAUUGUCAUCGUGGCUCGCUCUUCAAGAUGAGUCUUUCGUCCGAGAGUUGCAACUCUGCGUCAAGCAAAAGAACGAGAUCCUUCAGAAGGAUUUGGCGGAUGAUGUUGCUGCUCGAAGCGCGAAGCUUUACUACUACCUCACCCAAUCCCUCUCACGUUGGGAAAGAGGCGGAAAAGGCGGCAAAGACAAGGAGCAGAAGCCCGACAAGCCUGAUAAAGGCAAGGGCAAAGGCAAGAAGAAGAAGAAGGCUAGAGCCCGGGCUAUGGGAGAACCAGAGUCUGAGGCAGAGUCCGAGUCUUCGAGGACCUCCACCGUGAUGGCGAUGAGGUUUGCCAAGCCUUCUGCUGUACGAGAAGUACUGAGCCAGCCUGAGCCUGAGAAGCCUAAGCCCGUAGAGGCAGUCCCUAGACCGGUCGCUGUAGGGCCGAAAGUCACUGUAGAUGAGAAGGUAGGCACCCUGACUGGAAGCACCUCGAAGGGAGAUGCGGCAUACGUCUGCGCUUCGCUGCAGGGAUCGGACAUGGAGAUCGACUCUCUUCCUGUUGACAAGGAACCCAGGAAAGACAUUACUGCAGGACCAAGCAUCCUGAAGAAGACUUCGAAAGAAGCGAAGAGUGAUGAGAAGCCUGGAAAGGACGAGAAGUCUAUCCGGAAGGUACUGAGCAUGUCGGAACCGCCAAUGGAGGUGGAGCGAGAUUCCCACAACUCUCCAGCGGAGAGUGCCGGGCAGGAGGUUGUGUUUUUGAAUGCACCAGUAGAGCCUGCACCAGCAGAGGCGGCGCCAGUCGAGACUGCGGAUGCAGAGGCUUCAGCUGCCCCCUUCAAUGUUUUCUCGAGGCCUCCGAGUCAAGUUGCAGUACCUUCGCCUACGGUGGCUGCAUCAGAGACAGGAGAGACAGAAGAGGAGGAAGCAUGGGGCAGAUGGAGGGCAAGCAAGGCCAGGCCUUCGCAGGCAGCUCCUGGGGAAAUUCCAGGUGCUCUGUCGAAAGCCCAAGGGGCACCAGCGGGGGCUACACCGAAGGCCUGGUCUGUGGUUCCAACCUCCUCGCCUUUGACGGUUCCAGAAGCGCCAGUGGCUGUAGAGUCUUUGCCUGCAGUUCCAGAGCCCGCAACCGUGACAGUGGAGGAAGGGCCUACCUCCGAGACCGCUACAUCAUCCGCAGCGGGUGCCCUUCCGCCUCCGGGCGGCUUGGGUCAAACAGCCGAAGAGAGGGAGUUUGUGCUUCCUUCCCCUUGCCAGAAGAAGUGA